UGCUCGAUACUCUAUAUAAAACCAUUGGCGGCAGCAUGGAGCAGAUCAUACACAGUACACACACAGUGAGGGAUCAGAGAGACAACGCUCUGACCUGGAACACAGUCGGCAGCUGAAGACAGAAGAUGCACUGGGAGAAAUCACCGAAGGAAAAGCUGUGCUACCCUCCGCCCACGGUGAAGGAGCUCCUGGAGCAGAAGAGGAAGCGGGAGGCUCUGUGUGAGGAUCCUUCAGAGGGUCAGUCCUGCUCGCUGGCAGGAACCAGCCCUGAGGCCUUCACUGCACCGCCGAGCUCCUCAGCAGCCCAGCCCACGAGUUCUACAGGGGCCCCAGCCGGCUACCCAGACAUGGCCCUGAGCGAGCAGCAGUGGGCCCCGUCCGCAGAGAGCUACUACGGCCCUGGGUCUCUGUGGACCACCUACCCGGCCCCGGCCGGCUACAGCCUCCCGCUGGAGGGGUACCAAGCCACCGCCAUGCCCCACACAUACUGCUCUGCAAAGGACGCCGCUCCAGGGCCCUUCUGGCCCCCAGACGUCGCCCCGGGCCCCGGCCCCGGCCCCCAGCUGGUCCCCCAGGGGCUGGACCCCCAGCUGGACCCCCAGCUGGACCCCCAGGGGCUGGCCGAGGCCAGGCAGACGGUCCGGGAGAUGGACUACACCCGGCAGGACGAGGACGGGGACACGAUCCUGCACAUCUACUCGGCCAAGGGCCUCCGCGAGUGCGCCUACGCCGCUGCGGAGAAGCUCCGGGGCCUCGGCCGUCUGGACGCCAGGGAGCACAAGGGCAAGACCGCUCUGCUGGUGGCCGUGACCGCCAACCAGCCGCAGAUCGCCCUGGACCUGCUGUCGCUCGGGGCCGACGUCAACGCCUGCGACGUCAACGGGCAGACGCCGCUGCAUCUCGCCGCCAGCAGCGGCUUCCUCGCCGUGCUGCAGGUCAUCCUCUCCUCAGGACUCGCUGUGCAAAUGGAAGCCUGCAAUUUUGAAGGUAUGACCCCCCUCCACUGCGCGGCGGUGGCCCACUGCGCCAGCAUCAGACCCCCGUCCGGGCCCCGGCCCCGGGACCCCGGCCUGCAGAGCCCUCCGGUGGACCGUCUGUCCUGCAUCUACCUGCUGCUGAGCGCGGGAGCCUCGCUGGUCAGCCAGGAGAUCAAGAGCAACAUGACGGUGCUGCACGUGGCUGUGAAGGAGGGCAACAUCGAGCUGGUCCGCUACCUGCUCCGGAUCCCCCUGGCCAACAGGCAGGACUUUGUCAACAUGAAGGCUCACGGCCACACGGCUCUGCACAUGGCAGCCAGUCUCCAUGGCAACGCGCACCAGAAGGAAGCGCUGCAGCUGCUGCUUCGCGAGGGGGCGGACCCCAGCGUCCGCAACCAGGAGCACCUCCAGCCCGCUCAGAUGCUCCAGAGAGGACCUGAGGGGGAGCAGCUGAAGCUCCUGCUGAGGAGGCGCGGAGUGACCGCCCGGCGCCCACGGUCCUCCUCUCAGGACCAGGUCUAACCAGAACGCCCCCCCCCCCCCCCACGUCCAACCGUCGGCCCACUGCACCCGGGGACGGUCGCCGGCGGACCGCGCCACUCACUGGUCCAGGCGGGGGAGUUUGGAGGAUCUUCUGGAGCUUUCCUUAAUUUAUUGAUCGGAAUCUGAUUAUUGUUCAGAUUGAGAACAACACAAGGUUGACGUGUGGGUCAUUAUGAAUAUGAGUUUUAUUAGGAUUACUUAUGAUAGAAAGGCUUUUCAGUGCAGAGCUGUUCUGCAGGCGAAACGUUAGAAGCUACGUCUAAGAUAAAGGUUUGACGCAUGUUAAACAUGUUCUUUCAAGAAUUUAGAUCUGGUCAAAUUGGUUAGCUCCAAGAUUUGUGGGCUAACCAUAGUGUUAAUAAUUGAACACUCUGAUGUGUUUAAGUCUAUACGGCGUUGAUUUCUUUGAAAUCGUUCUUAUGACUCAUAUUAGUAUUCAUCAUAUUGAUGAGGUAGUCAUAUUGAUUGAUGAACAAUGCUUGUUUUGUUCAUGUCAUGUGUUCUUAUAUUAAGAAUGCAUGUCUGGGGAUUCAUUUGUGCUUUUUUACUAUGUAAAGUUUUUUGCAUACCUUGUUGUUGUGCAAAGAGGUGUUUUCCUGUGAAAAAUGUCAAAAGAUCCCAGGUACAAAUGAUACACAUCACUGUAUGAGUCACAUUGCUGAUCUUUAGUUGAGUCUUUUUUUUAAAUCAUCACUGUAAUAAAGUACUGUCACAUUGACUAUAAUGCCAAACCAUGACACACAGUCAACCUCACUACCAGGAAAACCAUGUAUUAAGAUUAUCCUUUAUUUAAGAAGCAUUCUUUGUAAUAUUUUCUUUACAUCCUGACAGCCAUCAAUAAAUCUAAUUCUUUAACGAAAAUGUAUAUUUUACUCUACAAAGUUAAAUAUCUGCAUGCACUAUAUGUUUAUAGUCAGAUGGAUGCAUGGAAGAAAGACCGACAGACAAACAGGGAGGACAGAUAGAAGAUCAUUAGAUAUAUAGAUAGAUAGAUAGAUAGAUAGAUCAGGAGAGAGAGCAAGAGAGAGAGAGAGAGAGAGUUAGAGAGGCAGAAUAGAGAUAGAUAAGUAGAGUAGUGAGAGAAAGAGAUAGUUAAAGUCCAUGGAUUUAGAUAGACAGAAGGUGGGUACAGAGCAGAUUUAUUGCCAGAUAGAUAU